AUGACAUAUGAGGUCUUCAAGCUGAAAGGACUCUUUAAACAAGUAAAAAAUGACUAUAUCAGAGAAGCUGAGGAGAGACUAGAGGCAUGCAUGGCCAAAGAAGAUGAAGAGAAAUCACGCCAGGAAGCUAAAGAAAAGGCAAUAUUGGAAGCUGAAGAGCAGGCGAGAAAGGAAGCCGAAGAAAAAGAGGUUGUUGAGGUUGCUGCUACUGAAGCUGAAGCUAAAGCUAAGGCUGACGCUAAAGAAGCAACACAUAUUACUGUAGAGGAAGCUGCUAAGUCAAAUGAAUUUGCUUUGACUCGAGGUGAGUCUUCGACAUAUGGCAUCGCUCCGUUGGUGCUCCAAAUUCUGGAAGAACUUCAGAAGGAACAACAACUUGUGAGAGCCAGACUCGACAAGCAAGAUUCAGUUAACUCCAACAUCCAGAAUCUUCUCACCCAGCUGCUUCAGAGGAUGCCUCCUCCUCCAAACCCUUAG